GAUCAAAAUUAUGGCUACAGACAAUUUAGUAGUGGAUUGAUGUUGGUAGGGACAAAUCAGAGCAUCUGCUAAAUUCUGGAUUUGUUUGCUGGCCAAGAGAUAGAACAUCUGACAGUGAAUACACACACUGGUUUUAGGGGUUGAUUUGAUUCCAUAGUGAUUCCUAAUGGUUUUUCUACUGUACAAACGUUCCGUUGCACAUCCUGUGUGGACUAAACUUUAAUUCUGUUUGUUGUCAAUGAGAAAUGUCAUUCAGAACCUUUAAGAUAACAGAGUAUUUAGUCACAUAAUCACUUUAACUUAACUCAUUUUAGUCACUUAUUUAUUUAGAAUUUAGUUGUUCAUUUCGUUUAUCAGCAAUAAUUAGUUCAUAUUUUCCACUGUAACCUGUUGAGGUUUAUUUUCCUUCAGAUACGGACUGUAUUUAUUCUCCGUCCUCUCGUGCCCUCUAGCGGCAGCUCAGCUACUGUGAGUCUGUGAGAAUCACAUGAGCGAGUAGUUCACUCUUUAAAUAUAUAUUGGUUUUGGCUGAGCCUGACGCAAAUCUGCGUCGUAUCUGAGAUAAACAAACCCGUGUUUUGUACCAUACCGGUAUUUUCCACGGCUGUUAAAAUUGAAGUCAGAAGCCGGUUUGAUUUAAACUAUUUAUAGCAAGUAUGGAAUCGUUAGAUGACAUAAUAAUUCCAAAAUGAAACAUUUAAAUACCCUUCCUAAAGUUGACCACGCCCACCUCUCGGCGCGUCUUCAUACGUGUGCGUGCGUGGGCGCGCGGUCAGUGUGGAAGAUGCUGCCGGUGAGUCCAGACGCGGAUCCGAUGCUCGGUUGUCCUGUGAUGUGGAGACCGUGGGAUCUUUCAACAGCAGAGACGCAAUUCAACAAAGUGGUUUCUGGAGGUUUGAGGCGGCUUCAGACGUCUGAAGAUGUUUUCCAUCAUCCUGUGAGGCUCUUUCUGCCCAGAUCCAGGAUGCAGGAGUAUCUGUCUCAUCUGGGCCGGACGGUUUUGGCCAGUUUCCCCGUUCAGGCCACACUACACUUUUACAACGAUGAAGAUUCCAGCUCUGAGGAGGACGACGAUGAAACAGACACUUAUUAACCUCAUCAGAUCCACAUCUCUAUAACACGAACUCUCCAGCGAGACGAGAGCGAAGCGUGCGACCGCCAGGAAGCAGAACUCUGUUUAGGAAACAAGCCGUGUGAAUGGAGAGGGGAAACACGGCGGCGCGUUUCAGGAAGCGGCGCGGAUCCGCGGGAACAGGAUUAUCACCUGAGACGAGCAGAAAUACGGCGAGACAGGUCGGGUCACGCGCCGGUGAGACGGGUCACGCCAUCAAAGACUGAACACACCUUUGAUCCAAGGAAGAUCCUUCACAUUGUCCCACGUCUGGGAACGUCCUUAAAGGGAUAGUUCACCUAAAAAUGAAAACUGUCAUUUAUUCAUCUCUAACGUAAAUGAGAUAAACAUGUAUUAUAUUUUGAAGAAUGUUGUAACCAAACAUUUGCUGGUAGCCAUUGGUAGUCAGUGGGGACCAUUUUUGUUUUUUGGGUGAACUGUCCCUUUAAGGUGAAAAUGACCUGAUAGUGUUUCAUUUGUAUGUUGUUUUUGGAAUUUAUGCAAAGGUGUAUGUAUUUCUAUUAAAAUUUGAAUGCAAAUAAAAAGAUUUCUCAUCAUGCAUUUGUG